UCAGGGUUGAGAGGUCUUCAUCCAUCAGCUGGCGUUUUGACAGAGAAAUAAAUACUACAUUCUGGGGUCUCCUUUUGUAGUGUUUCUGGAUAAAUGGCCCAACGGCAGAGUUUUGCAGGUCUUGGCAUAGCUCAACAAAAUAACUGUUAUUGCCACUGGCAAAGAGUGAAGCUGGAGUUCCGGCCCGGCCAGGGGUACCACUAUGGAUACUGGUACAAGCAGCAACACAGCUUUUAUCCUCUUUCUGGCUAUGGCUGUGCAGUGGAUGAAAGUGGAAUGUCAGUAUAUGAGACUCCUGAACACUCAGCUGAGACAUCUGUUGUACCUCAGGAGACUACAGUUCUUGCUGAAAACCAAGAUGAAGACCCAGUAGAAGAUCCAAAUCUUCAUUUGAACAUUGAGGAAUUAAACCAAGAGUUUAUGGCAGAAAGUGAAGAACUCUACGACUCCCUCAUGAAUUGCCACUGGCAGCCUCUGGAUACAGUUUACUCUAAAAUCCCAGAUGAGACCCCAAAGUGAGGCAAGGUGUUCCUUAAGCUCCCCAACUUUCAU